GAGGUGUGUGCACAAAAUGUGAAACAGUCAAGCCGAGACUCUUGCUGACACAAGUCCGAAUGACAUGCUUGUUUACUGACUUCAGAGAGCAACAUUUUUUAUCAAAUGAAACUAAUAUACUCUUGACCUUGCAUGUACGAAACAAGGACUUAAAGGCGACAGAUUCUUCACAAUCAUGCUAAAGCAGUUUAACAUCUUAAAACAAUUUGGAAAUGGGGGGAAGUCGCAGGAUGCAACUGAUCUUCUCACAGAGGAUCUUGUUUUGGUUGAACAGCGUGUGGAGCCAGCAAAGAAAGCUGCCCAGAUCAUCUACAAGAAGCUGGUAGGCUGCCUGCAGAGUCAGCAGGGACUGGACUCAGAGAGAAGGAUGAAAAAGUUACCCCUCAUGAUGCUGUCUGUCAGUAUGGCUGAGAGCUUUAAGGAUUUUGAUGGUGAUUCCUCCAUAAGAAAAGUUCUGGAAAUGUGCUGCUUUAUGCAAAAUUUCCUGGCACGGACUCUGGCUGACUUUGAGAUGAAGUUGGAAAAAGAAGUUCUUGUGCCUCUGAAUAAGCUUAGUGAGGAGGACUUGCCAGAGAUCUUAAAAAACAAGAAACAGUUUGCUAAACUUACAACAGACUGGAGUAAUGCUCGAGUCAGAUCUCAGGCCAGCACAGGCCCACAGGCCAAGCAAGACGGACUAAGAGAGGAUGUAGAAGAGGCCUGGAGAAGACUGGAGUCUAUAAAGGAUCAGUACUCUGCAGACCUCUAUCAUUUUGCCACUAAAGAAGAUGAGUACGCCAGCUACUUCAUCCGUCUUCUAGAGCUACAAGCUGAAUAUCACAAGGCUUCAUAUGAAUUCCUGGAGAGAAACAUAACAGAGCUCAAAGAGAGUCACAGCCACACAGAGCCCCAAGUGAGUUCAUUAGAGAAAAAGGUUUUUGGAGAGCCUCUGCUGUCUCACCUCGAGAGCUGUGGAAGAAAAAUCGCUGUCCCUAUUGAGGAGUGUGUGAGCAUGCUGAUACGUACAGGACUCAAGGAAGAGGGUUUGUUCAGGCUAGCAGCUGCUGCAUCUGUUGUAAAGAAACUGAAAAGCUGCCUGGAUUCUGGUACUGUUGACCAAAAUGAGUUCAGCUAUGACCCACAUGCUGUGGCAGGGGCUCUUAAGUGUUAUUUGAGAGAGUUGCCUGAACCGCUCAUGACGUUUGAGUUAUAUAAUGACUGGUUCAAAGCUGCAGCAGAAAAGGAAACAGAUGAAAAAUUAAAGCAGUUGCGGACAGCGUUGCAAAAACUUCCUACAGAAAAUUAUAACAACCUCAGAUACCUUGUCCAGUUCCUGUCACAUCUGUCAGAGCAGCAAGCUGUGAACAAGAUGACCCCUAGUAAUAUUGCCAUAGUGCUCGGGCCUAAUCUACUGUGGCCUCGCUGUGAGGAAGAGACGUCAUUGCUGGACAUGGCAUCUGCCUCUUCGGUGCAAGUUGUGACAGUCAUAGAGCCGCUUAUACAGCAUUCCAAGAGCCUCUUCCCCGAAGAUGCUGAUUUUGAGGUGCCAGAACCUCUCGAAAGCCCAGUCCCAAAAACAUCCCAGAGACCUCUUUCUGACAGCAUCUCACUCUCUCCCCCUUUCUCUUCUGGUCGACCAUCCCUAUCAAAAACUGACAGCUCAGCAUCAUCUGAGGACCUUGGGGUGACAGUCAUUGUGAAAUCUCAGGUGAACCGCGAUGCUGUUGUGUGGGACAACAUUGAUUCUAAUCCAUCUGCUCAACCGCCUACACAGAAUCAAAUGCCUUCGUCACUUCCUCGUUACACUCCUGUACAAGCUCACAGCCAAUCACAGGCUAAGACGCCAUGCUCCAUCCAAUCAGAGCCAACUCAGGACCCGCCCUCCCAGGAGCCAACGCUGAAGAUCACUGCUCCUUACAAACCAAGGAGGUCUUUCAUCCAGCACAAGGCGCCAAACCUUCCCAAAGGCCCUCUUCUGAGCCAGGCAGGCUCUUUCCCAGCAGCCCAGACGAGAGCAUUCCCUGUUCCUCUGCCGAGAGGCUCUGAAAUGAAACCACCACCUCUACCCAAGCCCGAAACCACCCAAGCGCCAUUGCCCACAUUGCCUGAAGGGGGACAAAAGAAGCCCCAAGGCAGAAGACCUAAAGUUCCUCCUCCACAACCACCCCAAGCACUGAACAAGCAGCUCUCCACUCCAGCUCAGUGAGUUGACUGGGAAAAAGCACUGGUUUGUUUUGACAUCUAAUAGUUUAUAUCACUUCCUCGAGUGCAGUAUCUUUUGGUUAAGCUUUUAAGCAGUGUUUUAAUACACUAGUGUUCAAAAGUUUGAGGUCUGUAAGAUUUUUACAAAUAUUAAGUGUCUUAUGCUUACCAAGACUACAUUAAUUCGAACAAAAUACAGUAAAAACAGUAAUGUUAUAAAUAGUAUUACAAUUUAAAAUGACUUUUACAUUUUUAAUAUGUCUCAAAAUGUAAUUUAUUCCUGGAAUGACUUCUCAGCAGGCAUUAUUUCGGUCUUCAGUGUCAAAUGAUACCACAGAAAUAGUUUUAAUAUCUGAUUUGGUGCUCAAGAAACAUUUUUAUUAUGAAUUUUGUGCUGUUUAAUAUUUUUUUGGUGAUACAUAGAUCAGAAAAACAGCAUUUGUUUUUAUUUGUUUUACUUUACUUUUGAUCAGAUUAAUGCAUCCUGAAUAUGAAGGAUUCAUUUCUUUAAAAAUUGUCCAAACCUCUGAACGAAAGUGUAUGUCUGCUCUAGAGAAUACGGGUUUGAGAACUGCUAAACACAAUAUAAUCUGACUUCCUUUGGUUUUAGUUUGGGCGUACUGACACGCUUCACAUUAGCUAUUUAUAUAUAAGCUUAUUCUAAAGCAUGACAUUUGAAACGCCAUGCUCACUCUUGUUAAAGCAUUUUAAGGCUGAUGUUGUUCAUAGCUUAUUUUAAUGAAAACAUUGCAGGUAACAUACAUUGCUAUUUUGCAACUUUCUUGUGCAAAGCCGCACAUACGUACAGUAUGUACAUAUUAUAUUGUGAUUAAGGGAACGGAGAGGUCAACUCCUCUGUCAGAAACAAAUUCAAAUAAAAUUCAUAUUAAUAUUUAAUCAUAAUUCCAUAAUACAUUGAUAAAAGCUGGUGGACAUCAUAUAAUAUUACUGUAUACUGUGUUGAUCUUAAGGUAUUUAUCAUGUAAUAAAGAAAAGAUAAAUGACA